AUGACGACCGUCGAAACCAGCUCCGGCAAGGGGAAGGCCCUGGUGGCCCCUGCGGCUUCCGUCCUGGCCCCUGUGUUCGAGGACGAUCCCGCCAUCACCUACGUGCUCAACGCCCUUCCUCGCCAAGAUCGCAUCGCCUAUCUUCCCGCCUAUUUCACCGCACUCCUCAACGCGGCCGCGCUGAACCGCGCCGUGUUUUACGAAGCGGCGUCGUGGCAAUGUACCUCGGUGGUGAUGCCGCCCGGUGAGGAUGUGGGGAACCCGUGGACGCUGAUCCCCGCGGGCCUGUUGCCCAUGCUCGGGAAAAUCGGCUUCGGCGGAUGCAAGAAGAUGAUUUGGGAAUUCACCAAUCUCACUGGUAACGCCAAGAAGCGUGAAAUGGGCAAGGGAAAAUAUUAUUACAUCUUUUUCAUCGGCACGGCGGUGGAAGGCAGAGGCCAAGGCCUGGCCAGCAAGCUGAUUGGGGAAGCAAAGGAGCUGGCGGCCAAGGAGGAACUGCCCGUCUGGCUUGAAGCCACAACAGAGAGGAGCAGGCGGCUAUAUAGCAAACUGGGCUUCAAGGACCUGGGAGGAAUUGUCCUCGGCAAGGGCAAUGUCGGCGCCGACGGAGAGCGAAAGAAGGGCGGCGAAGGAGUCACAAUUUGGCCGAUGAUCUGGCGGCCAAGCAUUAAGACAUGA